AUGGAUACCAUUUUGGUUUUCAGCCUGAUUAUUACAUCCUAUGAUGCCAACAAGAAAGAACUCAGAGAGAGCAGCUGCCAAGUGGAGCAGUUACCUAGGAUCUUCACAAGGGAUGCAGAAAGUAUAAGAGAUGUGCCAGUACAAGAAACACAGGCAAACGCCGAGAGACCCACGUCCAUUCCAAACUGGACAGUGGCUUCACUUCAGUGUUCCGGCUCCGCGGGCGAAGUGAGGGUGAACCUCCUCUACUCGGGGCAAAGGAAGCCGGGCAGGCAUGCUCUGCGGAGCCUCAGGGUCCUCGCUGUUCCCCGCACACGCGGCCCAGAUUCUCCAACUUGUCACCUCAGCCCUACCUCCAAGUUUUAUAUGCGAUCCUUCCUGAGAGGCACAGACACAGAUGAGGACCUUUGGCAGAGGAAGAAAUGGAGUUUCCUGGUCAAAUCUCUGAUUGCUGUCACUCUGCUGAUCAGUGGAGCGGCCAUCAUGGUGUUUGUCAUUUUCGAAGUCCCGUGCCCUGGUCGAUGUCGGCGAAUCACAGGGCAAUGUCAAUGCCAGAGGCUGUGGAGAAGACUAAGGGAGGGAGGCCAGUCCUCGGAGGGAGCUGAAACCCAGCUCAACCCUCAGCCCGAGAAGGGAAGUAUUCGCUGA